CGUUGUCCCUUUCAUCCCGUCGAUGUCGCGCAGUCAACGUGGCCGGUCGCUAUCCGGCGGUCGCUAUCACGGUCCCCAUCCGAGCUCGCAGGCCGAGCGAGCCCAUAGGGCGAGCCGAGCUCAUGGGCCGAGCAGAGAAGAUCUUCCACGUGGCUGAUGGGGCCCGCCUGACGUGUCUUUUGGAGUCGUCCUCCAUCAUAAGCCCCCCUCUCCGGGUUUCGUUGCAAUCGGCGAUGGAACACGAUAGAGUAUGGAGAGAGAAAGUAGGACUCUUCGCCGUCGCUAGCCUUCCCGCCGUCGUUCUCGUCCAUUUUCCAGCUCCGUACUACGUUAGUCUUCCUCGUCCUUGUUCUUCCAUGUCUUCCCAAUCCUCAGUCUUUCGUCAGUCCGAGUCUGAGCGCGAUGCCGAGGGCUCUGUCAUCGGCUCCGCGCAGGACAGCGACUCCCGCUCGGCUUCCGUCGAGGAGAUAGUCGCGGCGGUCGAGGUCCCUCCUCAGUCCGAGCCUCGCAACCAGAGGCGGACCACUCUCGAGGACUCGGGGAUCCGAGCUCGGAAGUGCACCCUUACCGGGGAGGAGUUCCGCAAGGCGAAGCGCCUAGCCUCGGCGCCGGGUGUGACCGUGCACCGUCCCACCCCCGAGCAGUCAGUCUUUGACGCCCCUCCGAGUUUCUUCGCCAUCCACCUCAAGUCCCUCGAGUAUGGGUUCCGCUUCCCCCUCCAUCAGUUAGUCAAAGAUUUUUUCAUCCACUUCGAUUUUCUCCCCUGCCAAGUCGUGCCCAAAUCCCAUCGAUACUUGGCGGGGUUCCUUAUUCAAUGCCAAAGGACCGGGGUUCGCCCUGAUCUAGCCCGCUUCUUGCUGCUCUUCCGGUUGGCGAAGUCGUCUGGCCGGGCGAACUCCGACUCUAACUCGUAUGCCUCCAUCUUCCAAAGGCAAGAGAAGCUCUUCAAGACGCGGAAGGACUCCGCCAAGAGUUGGAAGGGGAAAUUCGUCUUCGUUUCUAUCUCCUCGGGCUCCCCCUUUCGUAAAGAGCCCCUCAGUUCCUUUUGUCGCCGUUCCGCGUGCGUCACUUCGGACAAGAUGCUCGAGGAUGUGGAGACGCUCUGCCGUGAGGGGCCUUUCGAAGUUGGCUCGCUUGUGACGAACGAGGCGUUGGCGGCGCUCGGCUUCGUCUUCCUGUCCCCGGAAGACACUCAGCGGAGCAUCGAAGAAGGCCCCUCAGGUGAAAUCAUGCUCUCCAACGCUGAGCGGGUGAAGCUCAUGUUCCCGGACGCUCCGAGCGGCAACUCCCAAGCUCCUACCUCGGGCGGCCGUCCCCCGACUCCACCCGUGAAGCCGACACCCGAGACGGCGCAGAAGAAGAAGAGGAAGGAAACGGCCUCGGCCGCCGACGCUUCGCAGGGGUCUGAGUCCCCCAUGAUGAAGGACUUCGGCCAUCUUAAAUACGUCAAGGCAGCCUUCCCCGCUCGGGUCUCCUUCCUAGAUCGGGACUACGACCCGGAGACCAUCCUGCGCAGCUUCACUCCUCCAACUGAUCGCGCCAAGAUAAAAGAUAUCGACCGGGAGACUCUGGCCUCGGAUACUUUCCACGAGCUGGGCUCGGCGAUGAUGCGCAUGGUCGACAUGAGUCAGCGGCUGCGCGCUAGUGAGGAUGACCGGAGCAUGGCUUAUGUUGAGAUAGCCGACCUCAGUGAGGCGUUGAAGGCGGCCAAGGAGCAAGCUCGCCAGGCCGAGGAGCGGGCUCAGCAGCUCGCGGAGGGGGCUGCUCGCAAGGCGCGCCAGGAGGCUCGCGAUCAGGCCGUGGCCAAGUUCAUAUCCUCGGGGGCAUUCCAGGAUGAGGCCUUCGCCCGCAUGAAUGAUCUACUCAAGGCCUGGGGGCAGACUCCCGAGGGGAAAGCCUUUGCUUGCUCCGAAGGGACGUCGUGGUACAACCUUGGUCUGUUCCGAGCGCAGCAGGUCCUCUCCGAUAGGUUCCUCGUUGGGAUAGACUUCCCCGAACCAUGCGACAACCCUGGCGAGUUUGACACUUCCAUCUACUACCCGAAUGGCGGGGACACGGCCGGCGAGCAGCCGAAUGCCGAGUGAUAUGACUUUAAACUUUGUCGUAUUUGAUGUAAUGCUGCUCAGAACUUGUUUUUUGAAUUCGGGUUUUUGCUUUGUAUGGAUAUGUUAUGCUUUCCCGUCUUGCCCUUAAUUUUACCGUCUUUUGUCGUUUCCUUUAACUUGCGUGCUCGCCCAUCCCCCGUCCGACCUGAGCUCGGCCAUGCCGAAGAGAGGUCACUUUGGGACUUGGUCCCUU